CUCUCUCCAAACUCCCUGAACUCCGGGAACAAGCCCCCCGAAAGGGCGAAACUCUCAGGGACCCCCGCCCAGGGCGGCGCGCCCUCGACGACCUCUGCUCGCCGAGCCCAGCUGCGGACAAGUGCCUGGACUCUGAAGACCUCAGGAGCUCGGCCGGAGCUGAGCGUGCCCCAAGCCCGUGCCGGGUCAAGAUGCUCGUGAGGAAAGUGCCCGGCUUCGUCCCGGCCUCCCCUUGGGGGCUGCGGCUUCCGCAGAAGUUCGUCUUCCUUCUCUUCCUCUCCGGCCUGGUCACCCUGUGCUUCGGGGCCCUGUUCCUGCUGCCCAACUCCUCUCGCCUCAAGCGCCUCUUCCUGGCCCCUCGGACCCAGCAGCCCGGCCUGGAGGCGGUGGCCCAAGUCGCCAGCCACCCGCGGGCCCGCGGACAAGAAUCUCCUCCCAACCCGGCCCCCGCGGCUCCAGCCCCGGGGGAGGAUGACCCCGGCAGCCAAGCCAGUUCCCGGCGCAGAAAAGGGUGGCUGCGCCGCACGCACCCCACUGGACCCCGGGAGGAGGCCACGGCGGCCCGGGGCGGCGGCGCCACGGCCCUCAGACCCCAGGAGGGGAGCGUCCCCUCUAGCUUUGACUUCAAGGCAUUCCGGAGCCGCCUCCGCCACCCGGUCCUGGGGACUAGGGCCGACAGGAGUAAGGAGCCCCAGAGCCUAGUUCAUACCCAGCGGGAGAAAAUCAAGGAGAUGAUGCGGUUCGCCUGGCAGAGCUACAAGCGCUACGCGAUGGGGAAAAACGAGCUCCGGCCCCUCACGAGAGAUGGCUACGAGGGCAACAUGUUCGGAGGCCUCAGCGGGGCCACGGUCAUCGACUCCCUCGACACUCUCUACCUCAUGGAGCUGAAGGAGGAGUUCCAGGAGGCCAAGGCCUGGGUCGAAGAGAGCUUCCACCUGAAUGUGAGCGGAGAAGCAUCCUUGUUUGAAGUGAACAUCCGGUACAUCGGAGGACUCCUCUCAGCCUUCUACCUGACGGGAGAGGAGGUGUUCCGGAUAAAGGCCAUCAAGCUGGGAGAGAAACUCCUGCCAGCCUUCGACACCCCCACGGGAAUCCCAAAAGGUGUGGUGAAUUUCAAAAGCGGCUCCAACAGGAGCUGGGGCUGGGCCAUGGCAGGGAGCAGCAGCAUCCUGGCGGAGUUUGGAUCCCUGCACUUGGAGUUCUUACACCUCACCCAGCUCUCUGGCAACCAGGUCUUCGCAGAAAAGGUCAGGAACAUCCGAAAGGUCCUUCGGGAAAUUGACAAGCCCUUUGGCCUCUACCCCAACUUCCUCAGCCCGGUGAGCGGGAAUUGGAUGCAACACCACGUCUCGGUUGGAGGACUCGGGGACAGUUUUUAUGAAUAUUUGAUCAAGUCCUGGCUGAUGUCGGCCAAGACAGAUAUGGAAGCAAAAGAGAUGUACUACGAAGCCUUGGAGGCGAUAGAGACCCACUUGGUGAAUGUCUCUCCCGGGGGGCUGACCUACAUCGCGGAGUGGCGAGGGGGGAUCCUGGACCACAAGAUGGGGCACCUGGCCUGUUUCUCCGGAGGCAUGAUCGCCCUCGGCGCUGAGGAUGCCAAGGAAGAAAAGAGGGCCCACUACCGAGAGCUCGCAGCCCAGAUCACCAAGACGUGCCACGAGUCGUACGCCCGCUCAGAUACCAAGCUGGGGCCUGAGGCCUUCUGGUUUAACUCGGGCAGAGAGGCCGUGGCCACGCAGACAAGCGAGAGCUACUAUAUCCUGCGGCCAGAGGUGGUGGAGAGCUACAUGUACCUGUGGCGGCAGACCCACAGCCCCAUCUACAGGGAGUGGGGCUGGGAAGUGGUGAUGGCCUUGGAGAAAUACUGUCGGACGGAAGCUGGGUUCUCUGGGAUCCAGGAUGUAUACAGUAAGGUUCCCAACCAUGACAACAAGCAGCAGACGUUCUUUCUGGCGGAGACUCUAAAGUAUCUCUAUCUUCUGUUCUCUGAAGAUGACAUGCUCUCCCUGGAAGACUGGGUGUUCAACACGGAGGCCCACCCGCUCCCCGUGAACCACUCGGACAGCUCCGGCUGGGGCGGGGGCUGACGCCCACCCGGAUCCCUGCCGCUCCCGGGUCGCCUAUUCUGGAUUUGGGGGGUGUUCUCAAACAGAUUGGGAAUGUGGGCCCCUGCCCGGCAGACCCAGCCAAUGUGUUGGACGAGCAACUUCUUUUCCUCUGUGAGGAGACAGGACUUGGAGACGCGGAGAUGUCACACCAGGCCCAGACAUUCCUUUCCACAGAGAAUUUCUGUGAAACCUGCUCUCUCGCCGUUCCAGGGCCAAAGCACCGGAGGUUUGCGUUGCAGCCUCGUGGAUUUGAUUCACUUCCUUUCGUUUUGGCGGUUUAUUGAAUUUUGCUUGAUUUUGCCUUUUCUCUACAGUUGAGUUUUAUCACAGAUUAUAAAUAUAGUUUUCAAAAUCAUGUGCUUUCAAAAAUGCUAUCAUCCUGAUAAACUAACCCUUAAAGUGUUUGCACUCACACACACACACAAAAUCAUGACCCCAUCUUCUAUAUUUUGAAUUCCUUUUGCCCAACAUUUACUCUAUGUUCAAUUAUGUGUCAUUUACCUUAUAAUUUGAGGAAGAGUUCCCCUUUGAUUUGGUCCAGUUAUGAAUCACUAGUGCUGUUUUCAUUACUGUAAUGGAAAAAUCUGUAAAGUUACAAUAAAAGAGUUUAUUGAAUAAGAAAUACAAUUGGGUUCAUUGCACAUCAGUGACUCCUGGGGAAACCACUGCAAGGUUAUCAUCAGAAAGAAAAGUCAACCAGCAGUUGAUUUAAAGUAUAAUUUAGUAAAGAUGCCAACUUCUAUUACCUUCCCUUACAUCGGUCCUAAGAUAUUCAGCAAGGGUGAGGCCAACCUUUUCAAUGAAGUUGGAUAUUUAUACAUGAAAUUAAACAUCACAGCUUGGAAGAGACCCAGAGAGGGGCGGCAACAUGCCUGAGGUCACACAGCCAAUGAAGGCAGAGGUGAGACCAGCCCCUAUGGUUUGCUCACCACCCCCAUCCAGCCUUCAUUUAUUCCGUCAUUCUGCAGCUACUUGCUGAAUGUCUGCAGGGGGCCAGACACGGGGACACGACUGUGAGUGGAACAGUCAGAAGCCUCUCCCUCAGGGAGCAUAUAGUCAAGCAGGGGGACACAGACCAUGGAGCAGAAUGAGCAAAAGCUCCGUGAAAUGCUCCAAAGGAGACAAGCAGGCUGAGACCUACCUUAGAGGAGCAGUCAAGGAGAGCCUCUGUGAGCAGAUGACCUUCAAGCUGAGACUUGGAAGGGAAGCAUGUCCCACAAAUCUGCUCUCCCCCUGACCGCCACCCCUGGGAGGCCGCCAUUCUGCAGGACAAAGAGUUCGGGCCUCAGCAGCUUGGGGAGAGUGUCUCCUCACUCACCCUCACCCCUCGGCAGCGUGUCCACACAGCUGACUUCACAGGAUAGAGUCCAUCUCCAGGCUCAGCCACUUCAUUCUGGCUGUUAAUGAACUUGAGUAGCACCCUGGGAUGCUGAGGCCCUGGGCCAGGUGACUUGGCUUUAAACCCCAACUGGGGGGACCUGGGCAGGUCUCCUGUCUUUCUGAACCUCUCUUUUCCACCAAGCGGACGGUGGACCCUCCACCUUAUAAGGUUCUCAUCAGCAGAAUGUGGCUGGUGCCCUGAGGCUGUGGGAGAUGCUGCUUCCUAUUGUGGAGACUCAGACAUUUCCAGCAUCUUCUUAACAGUAGUCAGAGCUACAGGAAGCUGUGGCUGUAGCAGGAGCCCUGGCAUUUGGUAAAUAAGUUGCUGCCUGAACCCAGCAAAUCGCUCUUGACAGGCACCAAGAACGUGUCACCUGCUUGGGCCCAUUUUUUAAAAAGCAAAACAGAAGAGUCAUUAUACAAAUAUUAUAGAACAGUUAGGCAUAUCUUUAUGGUAAGCUGAAAGAAAAAUCGUUCUCCUUCCUACCCUCCAGAAUAAAUGUUGUCGUUCAGUUACUAAGUCAUGUAACUCUGAGACACCAUGGACUGCAGCCCGCCAGGCUCCCCUGUCCUCCACUGUCUCCUGGAGUUUGCUCGAAUUCACGUCCUUUGAGUCAGUGAUGCUAUCUAAUCCUCUCAUCCUCUGCUGCCCCCUUCUUUUUGCUGUCAGUCUUUCCCAGCAUCAGGGACAUACUGAAUACGUCAGCAUCAGAAUAAUGUUAUAUUUUUUCCAGACCUU